AAUCUGAGGUGGUGUCUUGGUGGUUCGGAAGGAUGGAUCCUUUUCACCCAGUUCAGAUGAGGGUUCUGCUGUUUGUGUUUCUGCUCCAGACAACAAAAAUCGUGUGGUUGCAAGGAGCGCCAGUCACAGGGGUGGACCAUCAUCUUCACUGUGUAAAUGAUUACCUAUUCACUGUCAAUUGCUCUCUGAAGAUUUCAGCACCACAAAAUGCUUCACAAAGCAACAACUCCUACUGGCUCACAUUCGAGGACAUAUUUGAAAAAACAGAGUUUGAGUGCAGGCUCAAAAAGGCUACAUGGGAGUACUCCUGUUCCAAUAAAACAUCAUCCGCGAUGCCUCAUGAUGACGAUUAUCCAGAUAUUUUUACGGAUACAGAUGCCUAUACAAUCUCACUUUGUCACAACAAAGAUGAUGGGUCAAAAACCUGUGAGCUGCUGGAUGAUGAAUAUACACCUGUGACGAACAUUAAACCAAACGCACCAUGUUGCCUCACAGUUAGCCACAACUCAAGUCAACACCACUUCGCUUGGCAAAGCACCUACGAGGAAUACAGCGAUAUUACCGACUUGACAAAAAAUCUACAAUAUCAGCUAAAGUUCUACAAAACAGAGGACAAACAAGGGGGUAUAACACAUGAUGUGAGCACAGACAGCACCAGCUACUCUUUGGAUGAUGAUAAAUGUUUGCCAGACGCCAAGUACGCUGCAAGAGUGCGGUCCAGCCCCAACAUGGCUCACUACAAGGGCCAGUGGAGUGACUGGUCCUCGGAGGUUCUUUGGAGGACUGACCCACACGCAAAAGGCUUUCCAACAAAUCUCUUAACGUUUGAACUGCGGGUGCUGGUCGUGGCCUUGUGUGUGCUGGUCACACUCCUGCUUUUAUGCUACGUUCCUCUGAAAAAGUGGAGGCACAGUACCUUCAUCCCAACUCCAGCUCCGUAUUUUCACACCCUGUACAGUCACUGCCAGGGAGAUUUCAAGAGCUGGGUUGUUACUCAUGACAAUGCGGCUGACAUGAUGAAAACAGAAGAAACUCUGCACAUCGACGCCCUGGUAGACUGUACAGACGUCCAGGACACGUGUACGUGCGUCUCUCAACAGCAGCUGCUGGAUGGAAGCACGUAUGAAAAUGUGCCCUCACCAAGUGACCUCGAUCUCAAGGGUUUCCCACACUCAUACACCACCAUGGGUUUGCUGUCAGCUCAGAACGCAGAGGAAACUGCAGAAGACUCGGGUUGCUGGCUCUGCAGCAAUGCAUCCCUAGAAAAUGAGCGUUCUUGGUAUUGCAACGAGUAUUGCACGCUGAAGUGCUUCCAGCAGUCUGGUUGUGUCCAGUACUCGAGUUGAGGGGGGAUGAGGGGGGAUAGCAUCCCCCCUGAAAUAAAAACAGUCAAAAUCACCCCUGUAAAACUGCCGGGGAUGGCAGUUUCCAUCCCUUAUGUCAUUUCAUCAAUGAAUGUGGUUUUACUGCUAUUUCAACAUUUAGAGUCAUCACCAGAAAAAUAACACGAGAAAAAUAACUUAU